AUGGUGCACCUCUACGAGGUCGGGACAAGGGCCUGGCAGCCCGACCCGACCGAGGGCUGGUUAGCCUCAGAGCUCAAGGAGAAGAAUGUUGAUGGAGACAAGGUGUCACUGGUGUUUGAGCUGGAGAAUGGCGAGACCAAAACGGUCGAGACCACCCAAGACGAACUGCAGCUCGACAACAACCCGAACUUGCCCCCGCUGAUGAACCCGGCCAUGUUGGAAGCGAGCGAGGAUCUGACCAAUCUUUCCCAUCUGAAUGAACCUGCUGUCUUGCAGGCGAUCAAGCUCCGAUAUUCCCAGAAAGAGAUAUAUACCUACAGUGGUAUCGUCCUGAUCGCGACGAAUCCCUUCGCUCGGGUGGACUCGCUGUACGUCCCACAAAUGGUGCAAGUUUAUGCUGGGAAACAGCGCGCCUCGCAGGCGCCUCACCUGUUCGCCAUUGCAGAGGAAGCUUUUGCAGACAUGAUCCGCGACGGCAAGAAUCAAACGAUCGUGGUUUCGGGCGAAUCGGGUGCAGGCAAGACCGUGAGCGCCAAAUACAUCAUGCGGUAUUUUGCGACUCGCGAGUCUUCAGACCAACCCGGGAAAUACACUACCGGCCGGGCAGACGCAAUCAGCGAGACGGAGGAGCAAAUCCUGGCCACCAAUCCCGUCAUGGAAGCCUUUGGUAACGCCAAAACCACCCGAAACGAUAACUCAUCUCGAUUCGGUAAAUACAUUGAGAUCAUGUUUGACGAGCGGACGAACAUCAUUGGCGCUAAGAUCCGGACCUACUUGCUUGAGCGGUCGAGACUGGUGUUCCAACCUCUCAAGGAGCGUAAUUACCACAUCUUCUACCAACUGGUGGCUGGUGCUACUGAGGAGGAGAAGCAGGAGCUGGGACUCUUGUCGGUCGAGGAGUUUGAGUACCUCAACCAGGGUGGGGCUCCGAUAAUCGAUGGCGUGGACGACAAAGCCGAAUUCGACGCAACUCGCAAGUCCUUGUCCACCAUCGGUGUGCCUGGAGAUGCCCAGACUGAAAUAUUCCGUGUCCUCGCCGCUCUGCUACAUCUCGGUAAUGUCAAGAUUUCGGCCACUCGUACGGACUCUUCGCUCUCGUCGGAAGAGCCAUCUCUUGUUCGCGCCUGUGAGAUGCUUGGAAUCAAUGCCAAUGACUUUGCGAAAUGGAUCAUCAAGAAGCAGCUGAUCACCCGUGGAGAGAAGAUUACUUCGAACCUGACGCAGCAACAAGCGGUGGUUGUACGGGACUCCGUCGCCAAAUUUAUUUACUCGAGUCUGUUCGAUUGGUUGGUAGACAAUAUCAACCGUGGCUUAGCCACUGAUGAGGUGCUGGACAGAGUCCAAACGUUCAUUGGUGUCUUGGAUAUUUACGGUUUCGAGCAUUUCGCCAAGAACUCCUUCGAGCAGUUCUGCAUCAAUUACGCCAACGAAAAAUUGCAGCAAGAGUUCAAUCAGCACGUAUUCAAACUGGAACAGGAAGAAUAUGUGCGGGAAGAGAUAGACUGGACGUUCAUCGACUUUUCGGAUAAUCAACCCUGCAUCGAUCUGAUCGAAGCAAAGCUUGGUAUCUUGUCUCUUUUGGACGAAGAGUCGCGGCUUCCCAUGGGCUCCGAUGAACAGUUUGUUACCAAGCUCCACCACCAUUUCGCCGCCGACAAGCAGAAGUUCUACAAGAAGCCCCGUUUCGGGAAGUCUGCCUUCACUGUUUGUCACUAUGCUGUUGAUGUCACCUAUGAAUCAGAUGGUUUUAUUGAAAAGAACCGUGACACUGUUCCGGAUGAGCAGUUGGAAGUUCUGCGGAACUCGUCCAACGGGUUCAUCAAAGAAAUCCUGGAGACCGCUGCAGCCGUUCGUGAAAAGGACUCCGCUGCAGUUUCUUCCAAACCAGUUGCAGCCCCCGGGCGCCGAAUUGGCGUCGCGGUCAAUCGCAAGCCUACGCUGGGAGGGAUCUUCAAAUCGUCGCUGAUAGAGCUGAUGCACACCAUCAAUUCCACUGAUGUGCAUUACAUCCGCUGUAUCAAGCCAAACGAAGGCAAAGAGGCCUGGAAGUUCGAAGGGCCUAUGGUUCUCAGUCAGUUGAGAGCCUGUGGUGUCUUGGAGACUGUCAGAAUCAGUACUGCCGGUUAUCCCACUCGCUGGACAUAUGAAGAGUUUGCGAUCCGCUAUUACAUGCUCUGCCAUUCCUCGCAAUGGACUUCGCAGAUCCGUGACAUGUGCCACGCCAUCUUGCGGAAAGCGCUUGGGGAUGCAAAUCACCAGAAGCAAGAUAAGUAUCAGCUGGGUCUGACGAAGAUCUUCUUUCGGGCCGGCAUGCUUGCCUUCCUGGAAAAUCUGCGGACUUCCCGGUUGAACGAGUGUGCGGUGAUGAUCCAGAAGAAUUUGCGGUGCAAAUACUAUCGGCGCCGUUAUCUCGAGGCGCGCGAGUCCAUCCUCACCACGCAGGCUUUCGUCAGGGGAUUCCUGGCGAGGCAGCGUGCCGAAGAAAUCCGCCAGGACAAAGCGGCUACCACGAUUCAGAGGGUAUGGAAGGGCUCGAAAGAGCGGAAACAGUAUUCCAAAAUCCGCAACGAUCUCAUUCUGUUCGAGUCUAUUGCCAAGGGUUUCCUUUGCCGCCGAAACAUCAUGGACUCCAUCCACGGCAAUGCCGCCAAAGUUAUCCAGCGUGCUUUCCGCUCGUGGCGCCAACUGCGUUCGUGGCGUCGGUAUCGCCACCAGGUUGUCAUUGUCCAAAAUCUUUGGAGAGGCAAACAGGCUAGAAAGGCCUACAAAACGCUUCGGGAGGAAGCUCGGGAUCUCAAACAGAUCUCUUAUAAGCUGGAGAACAAGGUGGUGGAAUUGACUCAGCAUUUGGCGUCGCUGAAGCGCGAGAACAAGUCCCUCGUCUCGCAGUUGGAGAACUACGAAACUCAGGUCAAAUCAUGGAGAAACCGACACAACACGUUGGAGGCUCGAGCAAAGGAGCUUCAGGCUGAAGCCAACCAGGCCGGUAUUACGGCGGCUCGGUUGGAAGCAGUCGAGGAAGAGAUGACCAAGUUACAGCAAAGCCAUACCGAGGCCCAAGCUACCGUCAAGCGUCUCCAAGAGGAGGAGCGGGCUUCCCGCGAGGCUGUGCAGGCCACCAAUGCCGAGUUGGAGCGUCUCAAGCUGCUUAAUGGUGACCAUGAAAAGGAGAAGUCUGCCCUCCGCCACCGUGUCUCCGAGCUUGAGGAGCAACUUGAGGUUGCCAAGCGGUCUGUGCCGGUCAACGGCCUUAAUGGUGAUCUCCAGAAUGGCGUGCCGCAGACCCCUGCCCCCGGCUUAAUCAACCUUGUUUCUACCAAGAAGCCCAAGCCGAAGAGACGUAGUGUGGGUGCUGAAAAGGUCGACACCGGUCGCUUCAGCGGUGCAUACAAUCCCCGCCCGGUGUCGAUGGCGGCUCCUGGCACUCUCGCUCGCGCGGGUACGGAGGGCGCGCAAGGCGCUGAGUCGGUCGAGUAUGAACUCGAGGAUCUUCUUUCCGCGGAGGAGGAUCUGAACGAGGAGAAAGAGGUCCUGUUCCCUGCCUACUUGAUCAACCUGGUGACCUCGGAAAUGUGGAACAAUGGCUUCGUAAAGGAAUCCGAGCGGUUCCUGGCCAACGUCAUGCAGUCUAUUCAGCAAGAGGUCAUGCAGCACGAUGGGGACGAUGCGAUCAACCCUGGGGCAUUCUGGUUGUCGAAUGUACACGAGAUGCUUUCAUUUGUCUUCCUGGCCGAGGACUGGUAUGAGGCACAAAAGACCGACAAUUACGAGUACGACCGUCUGUUGGAGAUUGUCAAGCACGACCUGGAGAGUUUGGAGUUUAAUAUCUAUCACACGUGGAUGAAGGUCCUGAAAAAGAAGCUGUACAAGAUGAUCGUCCCAGCUAUCAUCGAGUCACAGUCCCUUCCGGGCUUCGUCACCAGUGAGAGCAACCGGUUUUUGGGCAAGCUCCUCCCUUCGAACAACAACCCGGCCUACAGCAUGGAUAACCUCCUGAGUCUCUUGAACAAUGUGUUCAAGGCUAUGAAGGCCUUCUACCUGGAGGACUCCAUUGUCACACAGACGGUCACCGAGCUUCUGCGCCUUGUAGGAGUCACCGCUUUCAAUGAUCUUCUCAUGCGGCGGAACUUCCUGUCCUGGAAGCGUGGUCUCCAGAUUAACUACAACAUCACUCGUAUCGAGGAGUGGUGCAAGAGCCACGAUAUGCCAGAAGGAACGCUGCAGCUCGAGCACUUGAUGCAAGCCACCAAGCUCCUGCAGCUGAAGAAGGCCACUCUGAAUGACAUUGAAAUUAUUCAGGACAUCUGCUGGAUGCUCUCUCCCAACCAGAUCCAAAAGCUCCUGAACCAGUACCUUGUCGCUGACUAUGAGCAACCGAUUAACGGUGAAAUCAUGAAGGCUGUUGCGUCCCGGGUGACGGAGAAGAGCGAUGUGCUUCUGUUGACCCCCGUGGACAUGGAGGACAGCGGCCCGUACGAGAUCGCCGAGCCCCGUGUCAUUACGGCGCUGGAGACCUACACUCCAUCCUGGCUUCAAACGCCGCGACUGAAAAAACUGGCGGAGAUCGUGUCGGCGCAGGCGAUGGCGCAACAGGAGAAGCUCGAGCUGGAGAACGGGGCGGUCGAGGAAUAG